GUUGAAAAUGAUUCAAUCUUCCAAUCAUCCAUUGUCACAGGUAUCAUUUAUGGAUUAUCUUCUAAUAAUGCAAUAUUUGUUAUGCAUAAUAUAUUUGCUCCAAACUUAUCAACUAUCAAGUAACCUAAGUCACUAAAGUCUCACCUCUAAAUCAUUAUAUCCCCAUCUCUCCCCUUUUACAUUAUCAUUGAGGGAGAUAAUUCUUUUGUGAUAAAUGACAUCCGUAAUCAAGUCAAGGGUUGUGCUAUGUCUUUUCUUUUGUUUGAUCGUAUUAAUAUGCUUAAAUCUUCUUUCGAUGGUUUCAAAUGCAAUCUUAUUAGUAGGAACGAAAGUACUAUAGCUCAAACAUCUUAUAGCGAGAUGGAAAUUGAGUUUGGUGGGUGAUUUUGUGUUUAUACACCGGUGUCCUCAAAGCUUUGUAUCUUUGGUUGAUUUUGAUUUACCUGAUUUUCUAGUUACUUUAAAAAUAAAAAGAAUAAGAAAAAUAGAAUCAAGAUCAAAGUUUUAAUUUUAAUUUUUAUAGAUAUAAUAGAAAAAACAUGAUAAACAAACACAUACAAGAGUUGGAUUGCAAUUUUCUCUCACUUGUCUGCAUUGCGCGAGCGACAACCUUCAAGAUGAAAUCGUCAUUGUUCUGUGAGUUUCCAUGAUGAUGAAGCAAGCAAAAUUGCACUGCGAGGAGAAAUAAUCUUUCAAUGACAUUAAGAACUGAUUGAUUGAGAGAAGUAUAUUUGAAUUGGAGACGUUAUACAGGUAAUUAUUAACCUAUGAAUGAUUAUUUGUUUUUAAAAUAAUUUCAGCAUGAUUUGGGUUCUUUAGUCUGACUUAAGAAUUUGUUUAGUUUUCUAUUGUUUUGUUAAAUUAUCUGUGUAAAUUUCAUUAACAAGAACGGGGAAGAAUUGAAUUGAAUUGAAUUGAACAAUUCUUCUACAGUCGUGCUAUUCAUCAUUGGCUUAUUGGAGAGCACGAAAUUUUUUAAUUUUUUUUAAUAAGAGUUCAUAUGAUUGAGAGUUGAAUUUGAUUUUUUAAUUGAUUUUCUGAGUUGUCAAAUUAAUCAUUUCAGGAGUUUAACCCUCAAAUUGAUUUUAUUUUAUUCAAUGUAUAUUUUGGUCAUUCUAUUUUUUUAAUGUAUAAAAUUUAUGUGUUGGGGAUUAAUAUUUAAUGGGUUGAUAACUUGUCUUGAUUUGAAGGUUGAAAUGAUUAUGAUUUCGAAUAUAAAUGCUGUUAAUAGAGGGCCUGUACAGCUUCAUCUUAGCUAUAGCAUGACAUGCAAGCUUGUAUGCUCAUUGGAUUAGUUGAAUGGUCAAGCAUUUUAAGGGGUAAGAGUAAUACUUGUUCAGAUAUAACAUAGUUAGCACGUUUUGGGGCCUGGAAGAUGGUUUCUUUUAGUGCAAAAAUUUUAUUUUAAUGUAUCGAAUGACUAUCCCACAAGAAAGAAAGGCUAGCCUGUAUUAUGAUUACAAUGUUUGAAAUCGACUUGAACAUUGUUUUUUGUUGAAUAGAUGAAGAGGAGGGAAGAGUUGAAAAGGUGCUCUACUCCCUCUUCUUCCUAAGGAAGCAAUCCCAAGAUUGCUUGUUUUGAUAUCAUUGUUGCGAUUAAAUAGUAGUUGUUGGAUUUUGUUACAAAUGGCAAGUACACCACCGGUUGUUGUUUCUCCGCUGUCACCACUAACACCUUCUGCUCCAAGUCCACCACAACCUAAUGGUGCAAGUCCAUCACCACCUUCCUCUGAUCCCUCACCUCCUGCCGGUUCUGCGCCACUAGUAUCUCCCCCUUCUCCUCCAGCUCCAAGCCCUUCUCCUCCAACUCCGAGUCCAUCACCACCUCCUCUAACUCCGAGUCCAUCACCACCUCCAACAACACCAAACCCUUCACCACCUCCCCCUACAAGUCCAUUGCCGGUUCCUCCAACCUCCUCACCACCUCCACCAGUUCCAAGUCCAUCGCCUUCUCCUCCAUCUCCAAGCCCGGCACCACCUCUUCCACCUCCAACCCCAUCACCACCUACCCCAUCUUCAAGCCCGUCACCACCUACUCAAUCUCCAAGUCCAUCACCACCUCCAAGUCCUUCUCCUCCACCUCAGAGUCCUCCAUUGACUCCAAGUCCUUCCCCCCCACCUCUUAGCCCUUCCCCUCCACCUCCAAGCCCGUCACCUGCAGCACCAGCACUAGCUCCUAAAGCUCCCCCUCCAAGUCCUACACCAUCCCCUCCAUCUCCUCCUCCACCAAGUCCAUCCCCUCCCCCUCCUAAUCCUCCUCCAUCUGCAAGCCCUCCUUCUAAGCCUCCAAGUCCUGCCUCUUCUCCUCCCAUUAGUCCACCACCCCCUCUAAGCCCGCCUCCUUCACCACUAGAGCCACAAACUCCUCCAUUGUCCCCACCAAGUGUAUCUGGGCCUCCACCUCCUGAGUUGAACCCGAGUAGGUCUCCCCCAUCCUUACAUGAAAAUGUUCCUCCUUCAGGUUCGUCAUCUAGUAUACCAACUGGUCUUGUCGUGGGAGUUGUAAUUGGAGGUGUAGCUGUACUGGCUGUAUUUAUCCUUCUAUGGUUAUUAUUUGCUAGGAGGAAGAAAAGGAAGGAUCCAUAUGAAGCAGAGGGAUACUAUUUGCCUGGAGAUGGGUUUUAUCAAGGAUCAGCACAAUCUGGGCAACAGGGUAAUCCUUCGUCAGCUGAACAUUUUUCUACUCCUAAGCCAUAUCCUCCACCUGUGGCAGCCGUACCAUCCAGGACGAAUUCUUCAACACCUCCCCAACCUCUGUCUACAAAUGGCAGUGGGGGUUUCUGGUCAAAUAGUUCAGGGACUGAGAACUCAAUUCCACCUUCGCAAGGAAUUGUUAUAGGAAAUUCAUCAAGUUCCUUCACGUAUGAAGAGCUUUCUGUUGCUACGGAUGGCUUCUCAAGUAACAAUCUCCUUGGCCAAGGUGGUUUUGGGUAUGUUCAUAAAGGGAUCCUUCCAAAUGGAAAAGUAGUAGCUGUCAAGUCACUCAAGGCUGGUAGUGGGCAGGGAGAUCGCGAAUUUCAGGCAGAAGUGGAGACUAUUAGCAGAGUGCACCACAAACAUCUUGUGUCAUUGGUUGGAUACAGCAUCAACGGCCCACAAAAAUUGCUUGUUUAUGAGUUUCUUCCAAACAAAACCAUGGAGUUCCAUUUACAUGGGAAGGGACAACCUGUGAUGGAUUGGCCUACCAGGCUGAAGAUUGCUGUUGGUGCUGCAAAAGGACUGGCAUAUUUGCAUGAAGACUGUCAUCCUAAAAUUAUUCACCGAGAUAUUAAAGCAGCUAAUAUACUUCUGGAUUUCAAGUUUGAGACCAAAGUUGCUGAUUUUGGACUCGCAAAAUUUACUUCUGAUGCUGAAACUCAUGUAUCUACCCGAGUUAUGGGAACUUUUGGGUACUUGGCUCCAGAGUAUGCUAAUACAGGAAAGCUUACUGAGAAGAGUGAUGUUUUCUCUUAUGGUGUUAUGCUUUUAGAGUUAAUUACUGGACGACGACCAGUUGACUACUCGCCAAACUCCCAGAUGGAAGAUAGUUUGGUGGACUGGGCUAGACCUUUGCUUUCAAAAGCUGUGCAAGAUGGGAAUUUUGAUCCUUUAGUUGAUCCACGGUUGGAAAACAAUUAUGACUAUGUAGAAAUAGGAGCCAUGAUUACUUGUGCUGCUUCUUGUGUGCGGCAUUCUGCCAGACGCAGACCGCGAAUGAGUCAGGUAGUUCGGGCCCUAGAAGGAAACCUUUCACUGUCAGACCUUAACGAUGGUGUCAAGCCCGGAUUUAGCUCAGCCCAUGGUUCUACUGACUUGGAUAGUGGUACAGAAAAGGAAGAAGCAAAGAAAUUCAGGAAGUUGGUGUUUUUAAGUGAAGAUUAUGCAAGCAGCGAUUUUGGAAGGACACGUAGUCAGUUUAACGAUGGAUUAUCGAGUAGCGAAAUGCAACGCCAAACUUAAAAAUCAAGCAUUCAUGGAGUUGAUGACAAUCUGACUUCAUUUCAUAUUGCGAGUUCUCCACGAAAUAAAUUUGGGGAAUGAGGGUGCUGCCAAAGUGGCAUGUUUUCUAACUUGAUACUGAUUUUUUUCUCCUUUUUUCUCUUUUAAUUUUCUCAUUGUUAUAUUUAUUGAUUAUUUAUUUAAUCUGUAAUUUGUAUAAUUGUAUAGCGUGAAAAUUUAUGGUGAAUUAUUUUUAUCUGCUUGAUCUCUUUUGCGAGGGUUUAGAAACUAUAUUUGUCGGAAACAUGGAUGUGAGGAAGGAAGAGACUACAAUGGAAAUUAUGUAAUGAGUCCCGGUGUUUAAUUCACCGAUCUAGAUAAUAUUUUUUUUCCUUUCAGUCAGG